AUGCCGCCUUCUCGCACCAGCGGUGCUCCCGGCGACCAUUCGGAGCCUGCAGAGCCCACGCGAGCGGAGCGGGCAAUGGGAAGCUACAACGAAGGCCUCGAGGCGAUCUCCAAACGCUUACAGGAAGGGCUGGCUCGAGGAGAUGAGGCGGCUGUUGACUGGGCACAAGUGCUGCACUUGGCCCUGGAUGUGCAGCAGGACUACAUGGAGCGGGAAACUGCCCUCCGUGCCUUCUAUGUGGCGCUCUACGGCGCCAGCCGCAAAAACAAAUUGCCGCGCGUGCCGGGGCCACUGCACGCGCUGGCGCGGGCCAACCCGGCAGGCAGUGCCUCGACGGUGGCGGCGCAGAUGCGGCAGCUGCAGAUUUCCUUGCCGGAAGCCUUGCGACAGGUCAAUACACAACGACAUCCGGGUGCUUUUCUGCUGCUCACAUGUCACUUGGGGAAAGAGAGGCCAGCGGGUUGCCAAAACUUCCCUUGGCUGUCCUUGGGAGCUUUGUUGCUGCUGAUUGGCAUCCUCUGUGGCCCCAGCCGCUCGGAUCGACCGCAUGGUGCCGCCGGCGCCGGUGGUCCGGUCCGCGUGGAGGUCUCGGAGGUCCGGUCCGCGGCGCAGCAGGUGACUGUCCUCCCAAUGCUUCUGGUGGCGCUGUGCCUCUGCCUCUGUCGCCACUGGCGCAGCGACGUCGGAGCCGCCACAUGCCUUGCGCUGGGCGCGGUGCUGGCGGAGAAGUCGACCGAGCCACGUCCUACCGUAAACAGUGCAGAGAGCGAUCGCAACAUCUUCUCCACGGAGAACCUGGAGAG